CACGGCUGGGGUAUAGUUCAGUGGCGGAGCAGUCACCUGGCAGGCAAGAGAUCCCAGUUUUAUCCCCAACGUCAUGAAAGGAAAACCUGGCGUGGUGGAUCACAUCUGUAAUAGCAAUAGUGAGGAAAAGGCAGAGGAUCGCGAUCUCAGGGGCACCUUCAGUAGCUGGCUCAAUUUCCAGCACCCAGACAGCGGCGGUAGUUCCAUCUCCAGGGGAUCUGUAGCCCUCUUCUGGUCUCCACGGGCACCAGGCACACACAUGGCACACAUGCAUACAUACAUGAAAGCAAACACAUACAUUAAAUAAAUAAAGCUUCACUGAUUAAAAAAAUAAAAGGUGACUAUAAAUAAACAACGACAAAAAGAUUUUCACUGGUGAAUCCAAGGCCAGCCUCUCUUGAAAAAGAGAAAAGGUAGGUUUGGAAAGAAAAGGGUGGGGGGAGCAGACAGGUUUGCCCCAGUGUUAAUGAGAUCGGAAGCCAAAGCUGAGCGUAGUAACAGGUGGACCUGCCUGCCUCGCCCAAGCUCCCGGGAUCCUUCUGCAGGUUCAGCGGCCUGAACCAGCCUCUGCCCCACCCCAGCACUAGAGACUCAAGGGAAUUGUGGCCAGCCCAGGUGCAGCACUGUUCCUCAGCACUCAGGGACUGAAACACAUGGCAAAUAAGGGCCACUGGAGCCCAUCUCCGUCCGGGGCCAAACAGGAAGUGAGGCGGAGUUUGGGGUGGAAUCUGGUACCCGAGGGCUACUGCAACCCAGACUAAUCAACCCACUGGUAGAAAAUGUCAGAGGGUCUCGGAGUCCUGCCUCUUCUUCUCUUCCUGGCGGAAGCCUGCCUAGGCCCCGGAUGCCAGGCCCUGAAGAUAGACAUUCCACCAUCGGUGACAGUGAACGUGGGGGAUGAGGCCCGCCUCGUCUGCAAGCACGAUGGCAACAGACCUAAUAUCACGUGGUGGUACGGUUUUGUGUACAACUCCAACAUCUCCAUCCCCUCAGUGUUUAUGGGUUCUGGUCAGGGGCUCAAAGGUGAUGAGCUGGUCAUCCCCAAUGUAAACAAGAGCCACGGGGGCCUCUACAAAUGCCACGCGGAAGAAAACGGCAAGAGAAAAUUCUCCUGCGGCACCUACCUCCGAGUGCGUAAGCCAGUCCCUAGACCCUUCCUGGACAUGGGAGAAGGCACCAAGAACCGUAUCAUCACAGCCGAGGGCAUCAUCCUGCUGUUCUGUGCAGUAGUGCCAGGGACAUUGCUACUAUUCAGGAAACGGUGGCAGAACGAGAAGUUUGGUGUGGACAUGCCAGAUGACUAUGAAGAUGAAAAUCUUUAUGAGGGCCUGAAUCUUGAUGACUGCUCUAUGUAUGAGGACAUCUCCAGGGGACUCCAGGGCACCUACCAGGAUGUGGGCAGUCUCCACAUUGGAGAUGUCCAGCUGGAAAAGCCGUGACUGACAUCCCCCAUCCUGCUGUGCUGUCUGUCCCCACCUGCCAUAGCCCUGCCUCACUUCUCUUCCCCUGCAGUCUCCCCUUCCCAGUCUUUGUCCCUCCAGACUACCCCACCCUACUCUCCCACCUGAUCUUGUCCUUCCCCAAGUCUGUCCUGGGUUCCCUCUCCAGUGGGUAAUGAGCCCUUAAUCGCCGCCUCUAGGGGAGCUGAUUACAGCAGCCUCGUUAGUGUCACCCCCUCCUCCCAGAUCUGUCAUGGCCACUUAAGUGCUAAUAAAUCCUUCCUAAAGCA